AUGUUAAUAAACUUUUCAAAAUUUAUUGAAACAACAAUUAAAGCUGUGACGUUACGCACCGUGAAAGCACCAGUACCGCCACCGAUUAUAAUAAGACAUAAGAGACGUCUUCCACCUAUAAAUGAUAAUUGUUUGCUUUUAACCGCGUUGAAAACUUAUGGAAAUUAUAAUACCUCUGAUAAAUCCCAUCAUACAUUUACUCGCCUUGCGUUUCUUGGUGAUAGUAUCUUGGCGUAUACUGUCGCGGAUCACUUGCACGAAAAAUUCCCGUCAUAUAGCAACGGUAAAUUGUCCUUAUAUCGAUCGAUGCUCGUAAGCUCUAAUCAACUUUCAAAAUUUGCAUGUCAAUGGGGUUUGGAUAAAAUCGCAAACGUUGAUUUGACACUUGCAAAAAAAAAUCAUCGAAUCUUGGGUGAAGCUCUCGAGGCAUAUAUUGGUGCUUAUUAUUUGGAUUGUUGUCAAGUGAAUGGUAAGAACGGCGCUCAUAUGAAGAAACUGCACCAAGCCGCAAUCAAAGUUAUUAUUAAGGAAAUCAAAGCUGCUAAAGAUGUAAAUGACGCGCAAGACACCAAGAAAACAAAGUCUAAGAAAGAAAAAUUGAUUCCUGAAGCUGCUAAUAAUCAAUCCAAUCCAGUUUCUUUAAAAGUUGAAACUCCAAUCUCGAAAGCUGCCGACACUACAAAACAACAAAUUCCCAUUACAUCAAAGGAUACACAAGAACAUACUCAGCAACAAGUAAAGGUGAUAAAAAAAGCUAAAAAGAAACAACCGGAAUCGAAAACUAAAAACACAUUGACCUUUAAUGUAAAGAAAGAACAAAACAUUAAAAACCUUUCACAAGACCUAGUAGCUAAAGAUAUAUCGAAGGAGAUAGAAUCUAAACAUCAAAUGCUCAAAGAAUUAAAACGCCGGGUUAGUUUCUUAAUGAUAUAG